ACAUUCCUGUUUCGGUUUUAAGGAAAAUUUCUAAGCUAUGGAAGAAAUUCCUGUGGAAUAUAAUAUCAUAAUCGAAGCGUUGAAUUGUGCUGUACAAAACCAGCAACAAGCAGAAAGCGGCGAGGGCCAGGCAAACUUUGAAUUUGUUGUCAUAAAUAACACGAACGGCGACCAAGUCGAAGCCCAGGGACAAAGCUCAUUGGAUUGUGCCCAGCCGCUCCAGCAUGAACAACAAGUUGAGCUUGUCGAUGCCGGAGAAUCCCAGAUUACUUUUGAGACGGUUGGCAAUUCUUUUACUGCAGUCACUCCAGCAACCACAAACGAUGUUCUUGGUGUUUCUACCGAAGAACAAGAAGGAGAAACAGCACAAGCAACUGAAGCAAUCCAACCACGUGAGAAAACUCAUAAGUGUGGUGUUUGCAACAAGGCCUUUUUGCAUGCAGGAUCGUUAAAACGGCAUGCAAAAAGUCAUGAAGAGAAGACUCAGUAUGACUGUACUGAAUGCGACAAGUCAUUCACUCAGCUGGGCAACUUGCUGAGGCACCAGAGGAGUCAUACGGGAGACAAUCCAUACAAAUGUACGCACUGUGACAAGACUUUCCCCAGGAUGGACGCAAUGAAGACGCACCAAAAGUCACAUUCUAAUGAUGGUCAGUCAACUUCCAGCAAUAUUGAAGCACGAGAUCUCAACUGCCAAGUUUGUGGUGAGGCGUUUGAAAAGAUGUCCCUGCUGAAGAAACAUUUAAAAACUCACGGGGUGAAAGCAUUUCAGUGUGAUUUGUGCGAUAAAUCGUUCUCGGUGGAGAGCGCAUUUAUUGUCCACAAACGAAAGCAUACUGGUGAGAAACCUCAUGCCUGCGACCAAUGUGAUAGGACUUUCUCGCAAACAGGAAACUUAAACCGUCAUAAGUUGACCCAUGCCGAUUACAAACCAUUUCAAUGCGAAACAUGUGAAAGAAAAUUUAACAGGAUGGAUCUUCUAAAGACACACAGAAAAAUCCACGAAAGGGUAGAAAAUGGGUUUCCGUGUAACUUAUGCUCUGAGCUAUUCUCCCUCAAGAACGAUUUAAAAGCUCAUAAGAAAGCUGCUCAUCCAGUUCUGUGUUGCAAGGCCUGUAGAGCGAGGUUUUCAGACCCGGUGUUGUUUGAGAAACAUUUCAAAACUCACCGCAGGGAUAAUCCGUACAAGUGUAAUAUUUGUGAAAUGUGUUACUCCGACGCCGAAAGUCUCGUGAAUCAUAUAGCGGGCCACGUUAAGAAAGAGCACAAGUGUGAGGUGUGCGGUAUGAUUUUCGGCAACGUGGGAGCAAUGAAACAACACAUGAGAAAACAUACUGGAGAAAGGCCCUAUGUUUGUGAUGUUUGUGGAAUGAGUUUCAGCCAAGUUGGGAACAUGCGCCGACACAAGGACAACCAUACUGAUGUCAGACCAUACAAGUGCCCAUUCUGUCCGAAGACUUUUAAGCGCAAGGAUUUGAUGAAAACACACGGAAAAGUGCAUUUGCCUAAAAUAUCUCGGGGGCGAAAACGGGCAACUGAGACUAUUCAGAUCAGUCCAUCGAAGGGAACGAGUGAAGCAAACGAACCAAGUCAAGCUUGCGAAGAGGGACUGGAGAAUAAUUUGAGGCAAGCGGGUCAUUCGAGCGAGGAGAGUGGUGCAGCCAAUCAAGAUUCUGUCAAUAUGCAGAAUAACGAAAGCUCUGACACGGGCCAGACGAAUGAAACUCGUCAAAAUGAUCAAAUACCGCAUCAAUGCCUGCAAUGUGGUGAGAAAUGUGAUGAUCCAGAUACUCUGACCGAGCACUUGAAAACGCAUGACGUUCCAACACAAGGGAGUUCAUCCGAGGUCGUUCAAACGGGGGCGGAUACAGUACAGACCAACACAGUACAGACCAACACAGUACAGACCAACACAGUACAGACCAACACAGUACAGACCAACACGAGUCGAAGAGUGGCUUCUGCAGUUAGUCCUCGUAAGAAGACUCAUACAUGCGACGUCUGUAACAAAAGUUUCGAUAUGCAGAGUGGCUUGGUAAAUCAUAAGAGAACGCAUACUGGAGAAAAACCUUUCGCAUGUGACCAAUGCGAGUUGAGGUUCGCUCAACGUGGAAACCUUGUAAGGCACAAGAGAAAGCAUAGCGGUGUCACGCCGUUUAAAUGUCACGUAUGUGAUAAGGAAUUUGGUCGAAAGGAUUUCCUAAACUUGCAUAUGACUAAAUGUCACGAGGCAUCUCAGUAAAGGUACAAUUCAUAUACAUGCCUGAUUUUUCCAUUUUCCAUUCGAUAUUUUUCAUUACGUUUCAAUACGUAUUUUUAUCACUACAUAUUCUACACUGUAUUUUACAUUUGUGCAUAAACUUUUGAUACUUAAAUAAAAUCUAAAUGCGUUGUACGAUAGUCACGUGCGAGAAAGUUGAACCGAAAUGUCUUUCACUGUAGUUCACACUUACAAAGACAGAAAAUAUAAAUGGGAAAUUUUAGGACAGAAUUGGAAACGAACGGUAGUGUUUCCGUUUGUCUGAGAUCUAAUCUUAAUGCGGUGAUCUGAACGAAAAUACGCAUACCAUACAGUGAAAUAACUAUACAUGCUGAAAAUUUGAUCCAACGUGUUAUCUUAUGCGCUUGCUUAAUACCUUGGCUGCUAAAAUAACCGACAGAAAAUUCAGUUUCUCUAUGAUCCAGCAAAAACGCGUAAGGAAG